GUUGAGUGGCAGCAUUGUUUUAAAAUAAAAAAAAUGUUUUUGUGCAUCUACCGAGCGAUGUCUCGAUGUCUGUUUUGGGGAUAAAUAAUAUUUUUGAAUUAAUGAAAAUUUACAAAGGUUUUUGUUGAAUACUUGACUUUAGCGGUCACUAAGUGCCGAAAACAAUAUAUUAAUUAAUCUACUUAAGCCUCGUUUAAAUUACUGUGAUCGGCUAACCUCUGUAACGUUUGAAAUGGCGCUUAAAGUGUGGAUAGUUGAAGUAUUUUCGGUAGAAGACAACUUAAUGGUACCCAAAUAUAAUAGGAAAGUGAAAUUGAGAGCGGAAUACGACCCGCAGGGUAUCAAUUUAAAACUAUUAGAAAUGGAUGAAUCCAAUCAACUGUUAGAAUUUCCCGUAGAUGCUGAUACAGAUUGUUGUAAAGUGGGUACAACUUCUUAUUUAUUUGCAAUUGAAAACGAUACUAUACUAAUAAAAUUUAGCAAUAGGGACGAAGCUAGGUAUUUUACUAUAGCAAUAACGAAAAUUAAAUCUGGCAAGGAUGCUUCUAUAUUUUCUGUACGGACGGAAGACUCAUCUGCAGCACAGUAUUUUCAAUUUUACGGUUAUUUAUCACAACAACAGAAUAUGCUUCAGGAUUUCGUGAGGACUUACACGUAUCAAAGAGCAAUAUUGUGUAACUUAGAAGAUUUCAAAGACAAAGUAGUGUUAGAUGUAGGCGCCGGUUCGGGCAUUUUAUCAUUUUUCGCGGCCCAGGCGGGCGCGAAGCGCAUCUACGCCGUCGAGGCGUCCACCAUGGCUCAUUAUGCACAAAAAUUAGUCGAGGCCAACAAUCUUACUAGUUCCAUUAAGGUGAUUCCAGGGAAGAUCGAAGAGGUCGAAUUGCCCGAGAAGGUCGAUGUGAUCAUAUCCGAACCAAUGGGUUACAUGCUAUACAAUGAACGGAUGUUGGAAUCUUAUUUGAAUGCCAAAAGGUGGCUGGCGCCCACCGGUAAAAUGUACCCCUCCAGGGGUGAUUUGCACAUCGUCCCUUUUACAGAUGAUGCCCUUUACAUGGAACAGUAUAGUAAAGCGAAUUUUUGGUUUCAAACUUGCUUUCAUGGCGUCAAUCUUUCCGCCUUGCAAAAUUGCGCCGUGAAGGAGUAUUUUAGGCAGCCUAUCGUGGAUACUUUUGAUAUUAGGAUCUGUAUGAGCAAAUCCAUUCGACACGUAGUAGAUUUCCUAGAAACAGAUGAGACUGAUCUUCACACAAUCGACAUACCACUAGAAUUUCACAUUUUAGAAUCGGGCACCUGCCACGGUCUGGCGUUUUGGUUCGACGUCGCCUUCGGCGGUUCCCAACAAACCAUUUGGCUGAGUACGGCCCCCACGGAGCCGCUCACCCAUUGGUACCAAGUCAGGUGUUUAUUGGAACAACCACUUCUGCUCAAACAGGGCCAAGUCCUGACCGGCAGGGUGGUGCUAUUGGCCAACAAACGCCAAAGUUACGACGUCACGAUCGAGCUGACGGUAGAGGGCACCACGCAGACGUCGCAGAACACGUUGGACUUGAAGAAUCCGUACUUCAGGUAUACGGGAGCUCCGGUCCAGCCUCCUCCAGGUAAGCGAAUCUCCCUGUGCUGUAGCGCCGGUUGCCCCUCGGCCUUAGAUAAGAGAAGAGCGCCUCCCGAUAAGAGGGGGGUCGUUAGAAGACGGGCGGCUUUCGCCUCGGAAAAGAGGGCUAGCGUCAGAAGAAGAAUGCUUCACAGUUUAGAUUGCCAGGAACACGUUUGUUGGCUGCGACAGUAACGUUGCGUGUUGCUUGGAAGAGCUUUCUUGUUAUUUUUUUUUUUUUUUUUCUUCAUAGUUUUAAAAACAGUUAAUCAUCAUAGUGUUAUCUAUUUUUUUUAUUUCGAUUUUAUUGGAAAAAUAUAUUUUAUUUUUGGUUU